AUGCUGGGAGGGUUUCGAAAGAACCGGGUGCUCCUCCCGUUUGGGCUCGACUAUGCCGACAUCCAGCUGAAUGGGGGCGAGGAGGCGUCGGUGGUGCUCCCCGUGAACGGGGCGCCGCGGGCGGCCGAGAUCGGGCCGGCCCAGCAGCAGAUCGCCUUCACGCGGUUGAUGGCGGAGGGCGCCUUCUUCACCACCGACGACAACGCCGCCACUGCCACCCAGCCCGACGGCAUCGAGCGCUACCAGGACCGCUACACAAAGACCCGCAAGGUCGCCCGCACCAUCGACGACCAUCCCUUCGCCAUCGAGAUGUUCCCGCAGGAGUUGUACUCGGUGAUGGGGGUGCUGAAAAAGAAGUUGUUGGCGGUGCUGAAGUACACCAGCGCCAACGGGCUUGGCUACCUGAAGCUGGGAGCCGACGAGGCCGCUGCCAUGCUUGAGCGGCUCAAGAGUCUCGCCGAUGUCGACGAAGGCAAAGGUGAUGAUGAGGACGGCGAGGAGGAGAACGAGGAGGACGCCGACGACAACUACGACGACGAGGACGACGACGACGACGACUAUAAUGCCGAGAAGUACUUUGACGACGGUGACGAUGAUGGUGGCAACGACGACGACGGCGGCGAGGCCGCGUUCUAG